UUGCGACCCGCGAAUGAUAAAGCGACAUAAGACUGAUAAUGGACCAUUCUUAUACGUUGUGAAGGUAUACACACAUAUUAUUGUGUUGACGGAUCGAUAAUAUUACACAACGAUGACGUCCGAUGUACAAACAUGUGUUUUCUGUAACAAAUUUCGUUUUCCAUAACCUUACAAUUCGGCACCAGACUCCAGAGUCCGCGCCCGCAACUGUCCACAGUGCUUGGAUACUUGUUUUUUACUGCUCGUGAAUGAUAUUUCACUCAAAUUUACUUUCACGGAGUGUGUGCGUACGCGUUCCAUCAUUUACUGUUUUCAAUAGCUCGCGGAUACAGAAAUAGUGAAAGUCACAACUGUUCCAGCCAGCCUUAUCGAGAGAGAUGAUUCAUUGACUUCAUUACAUUAUUCAUGGUGUAAUACUAGAUUUUUAAAUUUGUUUUAACAAUAAAGAGGUUAAAAAUAUUUAAAAAAGCCAAACAUCAAGAAAUACAAUUUUCAGUUAUAAAAUUAAAAUUCUUAAAACACCAAAAAAAAUAUAUUGUUGAAAAAUUAUCAACUCUUCUUCUAAAAAUAAGCUUGCAAUGGAUCGAGUGCGAAGAAAAAGGAAAACCGGUGAUUUAGUUAAACUGAAACAUGAAUAUUGGGCAAACGUUUUUACUGGAGUAGUUGAUAUUUUACGGAAUACUGAAAGACUCAAUAAUGAUAUUAUUACAAUUAAGUAUGUUGCUGAUAAACACAAGUCACGUCUACUUAUUGCUAGGUAUUCUAAAUCUCUUGAUACUCAUGGUAAAUUUCCUACACCUAUUCUAUCAUUUGGACUUUAUGAGAGAUUAAUUUCUUUAAUUGCAAACAACGUUAUGACUCAAACUAAAAAAGAACUAGAAAAUGCCAUGUAUUUUUCAAUGUCCAUUGAUUCUGUACCAGACACUGACGAAUCGGCGGUUUACAUUCGGUAUGUUGAUGAGAAAGGUAUACCAAAGAAGCGUUUUCUGGAUGUUAUAAAUAAACAAGGAGACGAUGCUUUACAGUUAAUGAAUAUACUCCAUGUGACAUUAGAUAAAUAUAAUUUAAGCCACAGUGGUUUUAUGGGACUAUCAUAUAAUAUUGAUAGUAACAUACUUAAACACAGAGAUAGCUUAAAAUCUUGCCUAAAAUCAAUAAACAAAUUUGCUGAAAUUGUGCCAUGUUCUUCGGAUCCUCUAAGUUUAGUUGUGAUUAAAGCAGCAUCUUCUUGCUAUGAAGGCGGUAUAUUCUUUACAACAAUUGAUGAACUAUUUAAAUUUUUUUUGUUUUUUCAAUAUCAUUGGGAUGAUGUCAAAUUUUUGUUAAAAGAUCUAUCUUAUAAUACAUUUUCAUCAAAAAAUAAAACACGUAAAUGUCUUAACAAAAAUUGGUCAACGAUAGUAUAUGCAUUGUUUCAUAUAUCUAAAAACAUAAGUUUUUCAUACAAAAUUCGUGCUAACGCUUUUAUGCUUUUGCAAAAAGUAAAACGAUUGGAAACAUGUUUCAUAACAAUGUUUUGGGAAGACAUUAUUGGAAAAAUUACAGAACUAGAAGAGAAUUUACUCAAAUAUGUAUCUACUGAAAUAAAUUUCCUUAAAAUUUUUGAGGUAUACCAAUCAUUAAUAAGCUAUUUAAAUGGUUUUCGGACCAAUGAAAAGUUUAUGGAUUAUAAGACUUGUGCAUUUGAAAAAUCUAAUAUUCUACAUUUCAAUAAUAGCAUUCAUACCGAAAAACCACAAAUGAGAUUUCCUGUUGAUUAUGUUGAUGAAGCCGAUCAAUUUAAAAUUAAAACUUACUUUUACAUGAUAGAUGAGAUACAAGCUGAAUUACAAUACAGAAAAGAAAUUUACUGGGAUUUAACAUCAAAAUUCAACUUUUUAAAUAAUUUCUCAACAAUAACAAAUGCAGAAUUAUGCCAAGCACUUGAAAAUCUUCUAAGUAUAUACUUAGAGUAUAUAGAUUACCAUAUUUCUACCGAAUGUGAUCGAUUAAAAAACAAUUCAAAUAAUAUAAAAAGAACCCUAACUUCUAUUAGAGAAGUCAGUACUUUUAUACCAUCAAAUAUAAUUUUUUUUGAACAGCUCGCAAAAGUAAUAAAAAUGGCAUUGUGCCUUUCAGCUACCAAUUGUAAGGUUGAACAUUCCACCUUGUCAGUAUUGAAAAAAGUUAUGACUUCUUUGAAACCAAUAACAAGUGAAGACACCUUUAAUUCAUUAUUAAUCAUAAAUAUGAAUCAGGGACUUCUCAAAAACUUAGACUUUAAAAAUGUUAUUAAAGACUUUGCUGGCAGCCAGAUUACUGAAUCAUUAUAAUUAUUAAGAUUAAUUCAUAUAUCUUUUAUUAUUAAGAUUAAUUCAUAAAUCUUUUAUUAUUAAGAUUAUUUCAUAAAUAUUUAUUAUUAAGAUUAUUUCAUAAAAUCAGUGGUGUAGUCUUAAAUAAUGUUUUGCAUAUACUCUCAUAUAUUUCUAUAUAUAUUAGCCCUAGGGUUGUUAACUUUCAUAGUGCAUAAUGUUGGAUAAUUUUUAUCAUAUUUAAUAUCAUACUUCCCAUAUUUAAAUAAAGAAAUUUUACUAACAUAAUAUAUUGACUAGCAAAUAAGCUUUUACAUUAACUUAAAAGUGUUUUUAGACUUAGAGCAAAUUAAACAAAUAUAGGACGGUUGGCAAUCCUAGAUGGCCUUGCAUAUAUUAUCCUCCACUGCACCACUCCUUAAAAUUAUUAAUAAAAAAUAAAUUGGGUUGUAUUUUGCUGAAUAAAUAUUUAAUGUAAGUAAUGUAUAUUAAUUGUAUCCUAAAUAUAUUUAUGGUACCGUACCUACUUAUUUAGAAACAUAAAUAUUUAAAGUUGUUGAUAUUUCCUCUUAUGUUAUCAAUUUAAAUACCUUUUAAAAAUGUAUUCUUUUUCACUUUAUAUUGUGAAGAAAAUGUCACAUUUUUUCUAUAUUUGUUAAUAUAUAGUGUUGAAAUUAUCUACAGAUAAACAUACAAGGUUCAUUACACAUAUUAUUUAAUGGUAUGUUUGUGUUUUAUUUAAGCAACAUGAAAUAUUUAAAUAUUAGUUACUUCCUUCCCUAAAAAUAACCAUUAUAAUGAUAAACUCAAUUUGAAGCUUCUCUUGAAUGGUUAUGCAUUUUACAAACUAAACUUGGCUGUGACUUUUCAUAGGUUUGCCAUAAUUUUUAAAUAUUAAAUUUAGUGAAAUUAAGUUUAGUUCCUCACAUUAAGUCAUAUAAAUAUAUAUUACUUUGACUCAGGCCUACCUGAUUUAGAACCCUUAUAGUUAAAUACCAGUUUUAAUCAUGUUAAAAAUAUGUCAAAAUUACAGUAUGAUUAUGAUAAAAUUUAAAAAAUACAUAAAAUAUAUAAUUGUUAAUUACUUACUUAAAUAACAUGAUGAACAUUAUCUAAUUAUAAAAAAAAAUAUAAAAAAUUAAAAUAUAUUAUUUUCUGAAUUAAAACUUAUAAUAAUUAUAUACAAAUAUAAAUUGAGUUCUUGAAAAUUGUAUUGUCUGCUAGGUACUUAAAAUAUGUUUGAUAUAACGAAAAUGUAUUUCAAUGUCUACACUUGUUAUCAGUGCAUAUUAAAAAUAAUUUAAAAAAUUUGGCAUUAUAUCUAAAUUAACAUUGUGAUUUCCCCUCAUAACCUCAGAGUAAGUUUCGAUAGUUUUAUCCUUAAUUUUUUCCUAAGAUAAAAUAAUAUUUAAAUUUAUCUUCCCAUUGGUACCUGGAAUACGUCGUUGGCCAAUAAAUUAUAAUUAUUGGUAUAUUAAUAAUAUCACGACACUAUUGUAUGGCUGUAUCUAAUACUAUCUAUAGAACACUUCUGGCUUCUCUAAUAUUAGGAAAACCAUGAAUUGAAAAUUUAAAUCAAAGUUAUAUUCUUAUUGUAAAAUUAACUGAAGUAUAAUAAUUUGUAUAUAUUUUCAUCACGUGAAGUAUACAAAAAUUGCAAAAAAAUUUAAUAUUAUAUUUAAUAGGAAGACUAAUUAGUCUGAUUCGUGUACAUAUUUUAACAGAUUUUAUUUACAUGAUAUCAAUAUAAAGUUGCAAAAUCUAUUGAAUCUAUCGGUUUUUACUUAUAAUAUAAGGAAUUCAAAUUAAGAUUUUCCGUCAAAAUAAUAUACAAAAUGGUGACUCAAAGAAGUACUCCUAAUAUUAC